AUGCAGGGACGAUCCAGUCAAGAUGAUAAUGAAGAAGAAUCGAACAACUUUUCGGAAAUGGCGACGAAAAAUCCGUUUAGUCAUGAGGAUAACAAGGACGAAUCCGGCAAAUUUACAGGUACGAAAAAGAAGAAACGGCCUAAACGUGGUGAUAAAGAACCCAAACCUAGCAAGCUCGAACGUGUAAAAUUGAAAAAACGUCUUAAACAAGGUGAUUUUGGAGGAGAUUCGAACGAGUUUGCAGAAGUUAAAUUGAAAAAGGCUAAUAACGAAGGAGAAUCUGGUGGAUUUGCAAGCGUGAAAACGAAAAAACGGCUGAAAAGACAUGCGGACGAAGGAGGCCCUAACGAAUUUGCAGACUUGGAAGCGAAAAAGCGGCAUGAGGAGGACGAGGAUGAGAGAGAAUUCAGGAAUUUUGUAGACAAAAAGCUGAAGAAACGGCUUAAGCAUGAUAUUAAGGAAGGC